GUCACCCCGUGUCUCCUUAUGUCAUCUCAACCAUUUAUAGCCUAUACAUUACAGCUCAUUGGAGGAUCAUGUUUCUGUAGUCUGGUCUAUGACUAUAAUGCGGACACAGAUGCCAUGCCUGUAGACAUCAUGGUUUGGGAGGUGGUGACCCCGGCUGUGCUGUCCAGUGACCCCAAACAUCAUUCUGAGCCUGAGGGUGAACACACAGGAGUGAUGAUGGAUGCAGAUGGAGACCAAUCACAUGAUCUGCUUCGCUGUGAGGAACGCCUCCCCUCCUCACCUGGCUUCCCUACUAGCGACAGUUACAUGGAAUACGACGACCUCCCGGACCUGCAGGAGGUUCAGGAAGAGAUGGAGCAGACAGCGCCACCCAUCUUCCAGGUGGACAUGGGUGUGUCGCACCAGGAGCGACAUGCGCACACACAUCCUCCUGACACACACUGGCUGACGCAGCUGGCUCACAUCGCCACCGGACCUCAGAGCCCAUUGCUGCAAGAGUCUCCUAACAGCAGCUCCUCUCCGGCCUGCCUCUCCAGCACCAGCAGCAAUCUACAUUCCUACGCUCGGCCUCCUCCCCCUCUCCCCAGCAACAGCAGCAGCAGCCGGUCGUCCCCCAGAGGUCACGGCAGGGAGCGCCGACGCACCAGGAAGAGCAGUGAAUGUGGUUCUGCGGUGUCAACCAGAUCCUCUCUGUCUGAUGAUGAAGACAUGGGCUGGAGCUUCUCCUGUCCACCCACCGCCUGGCACUGCUUUCUCAAAGGCACUCAUCUGCGUUUCCAGAGCAGCCUUAAUGCGAAGUGGCAAGACGUCGAGGACCUGGACGAGGAACGAUCCAGGUCUCUGAAGAGUUAUGGCUCUGAGGGUCUGCAGCUGGUGGAGCAUUCAGAGACUGUGUUGUCUGGUCAGACUGUCCUACAGCUGACCUUUGACCCCGGGGCAUUUGGACGUGUCCCCGUGACCGCCCGGUGCCAACUUGAUCACCCCUUUUACGUCAAAAACAAAGGGUGGUCGUCAUUUCACCCGAGCUUGACAGUGGUGCGUUAUGGUAUACCUUGCUAUGAAAUGGAGGUGGGGGACGUGUGCCUUCCUCCAGGACACAGAGACGCCAAACACACCGACGACUCGUUGGUCUUUGACACAUUCAAGAGUUACGAUUUCACUCCGCUGGACUCCUCUGCGGUUUACGUGUUGAGCAGUAUGGCCAGACGGCGGCGUGCCUCCCAGUCCAGCGGUGGAGCUGUUUCUCCAGACAGAGACGCAUUACAAGACACCAACAGCGCCGGUCGCUCCCACUCUCCUCGUCAAAAGCCAACCAAAAGCCAGCAAGCCAGCGCAGCAGCAAGUAACAACGCCACGCCCACUAAGUGCAAGCGGCCAAUGAAUGCCUUUAUGCUGUUUGCCAAGAAGUACAGGGUGGAGUACACACAGAUGUUCCCAGGCAAAGACAACAGAGCGAUCAGCGUCCUCCUCGGGGAGCAGUGGAAGAAAAUGCGGACCGAGGAGCGGCGGACGUUCACCGUGCAGGCCAAAGCCCUCGCAGACGAACAGAAGAGACUCAACCCAGACUGCUGGAAACGCAAGAGAACCAACUCUGGCUGUCAGGGAAAUUAAGGCCGCAGACAAGAAGAGAGUAAACACACACACUCACACACACACAUAUUCAGAGGUGACAAAAGAGAGCUAUGCGUAACCUAAUACAACGCUUUGAAAUCAUAUUUUUAUUAACAACAGACUUGCCUUGAUCUCCCAUAAUGAAAAGAUUCUCACAAAUCUUUAAAACAAAACAAAAGAUCGUCUGUUUUUUGUAGACAUUUUGAGCUCUUCUCAACAAAACGUCACCUCCCUUUCUCUUGCUUUUUAAAAAAAGUGCUAAAUGUAACAUUUUAAAGUGGUAUCAAUUAUUAAAUUAAUUAUAACAAGUUAUAAAAAACCUUACAUUUUAAUGCUACAGAGCACCGUAGCGUCUCCCUCCUGACGAAAUUACAAAACAGGUCAACUGGGUUAUUCAUGACUGGAGUUCAUCUCCACGAUUUUACAAUAUGUGUGUGAAUGUGACAAUAAUAAUAAUAAU